AUGCUUGGGCUGUUUGAUACUCAAAUGCCCAUCCACUCAACCAUUUAUCUCGGUGGUUCGCGCCUCAUCCUCCCUCCAUGCCCCUCAUGUUCCCUCCCCCACUUUAUCGUUCUCCCUCCCUACUUUUCAUUCUUGGUAUGUGCCCCUCAUCAUCCAUCCCUGCACCUCUUUCUCUUUCCCCCACCACUCAUUCUCCCUCCCUUGCUUUCAUUCUCGGUGGCUGCACCUCAUCAUCCCUCCCUGCACCUCAUUCCCUUUCCCCCACCCCUCUAUCUUUCUCCCGUUCUAUUCUCAGGGUUUGCGCCUCAUUCUCCCUUCCUGCACCUCAUUCCCUUCCCCCACCCCACAUUCCCCCUCCCUUCCUUUCAUUCUCGGGGUUUGCGCCUCAUCCUCUCACCUUGCUACUCAUUCCCUUUCCCCCACCCCUCAUUCUCCCUCCCUGCCUUUCAUUCUCAGGGUUUGCGCCUCAUCAUCCCUCCAUGCACCUCAUUCCCUUUCCCCCACCCCUCAUUCUCCCUCCCUGCCUUUCAUUCUCAGGGGUUGCGCCUCAUUCUCCCUUCCUGCACCUCAUUCCCUUCCGCCACCCCUCAUUCUCCCUCCCUUUCAUUCUCAGGGUUUGCGCCUCAUCCUCUCACCUUGCUCCUCAUUCCCUUUCCCCCACCCCUCAUUCUCCCUCCCUGCCUUUCAUUCUCAGGGGCUUGCGCCUCAUCAUCCCUUCCUGCACCUCAUUCCCUUCCCCCACCCCUCAUUCUCCCUCCCUUCCUUUCAUUCUCGGGGUUUGCAUCUGAUCCUCUCAACCUGCUCCUCAUUCCCUUUCCCCCACCCCUCAUUCUCCCCCCCUGCCUUUCAUUCUCAGAGUUCGCGCCUCAUCAUCCAUCCCUGCACCUCAAUCCCUUUCUCCCACCCCUCAUUCUCCCUCCCUGCUGUUGUCAUUCUCUUUCCCCACCCCUCAUUCUCCCUCCCUGCUCCUCAUUCUCUGUAUUGGCCUCUCAUCAUCCUUUCCUGCUCCUCAUUCUCUCCCCCCCCACCCCUCAUUACCCUGGCCUGCCCCUCACUUGCACUUCUGUGCCCUCGACAACCAGGCCAUGA